UGGAGUAACGGAUCAAUGUAGGGGGCACGCAUAAAAUGCUACGCGGAGCGGCUACGGGCGCCAAAACCGUAGGACCACCGUUACGGCGUAGACGCGCUACGCGACGCGACCGAGUGCAAACUUAGUUCGAUCGUGUAUUUGGGCCACAGCCAUGAAGACCGGCUACCGCAACCUGCUGGCGAUGACGGCGAUGUGCCUGAUGAUGGGCGCCGCCGCCAACCCGGCCAGGAGGACGCAGGACAUCGAGGCCAGGCGCCGGAGCGCCGUGGACCGGAGUCUGAUCAGGUUCGGCAGAUCGUACCCGGCAGAGCCAUCCGCGGCAGACAUCCGAGAGAUGCUGCAGCGUCCCGUACGACGAGGCACCAGCUUCCUCCGCCUCGGCAGAUCUAAACCCUUAACCAUGAACUCCGACGACCUCAUAUCCCUCUUAAGGUCUUACGAAGAAUACGAAGAACCAACCAAGAGGGGAACCACCUUCAUGAGACUCGGAAGAAGCCCGACUUUCAUGAGGCUGGGCAGGUCCGGUGAGAAGCCUGAAGAACCUGACUACCAAGAAAGGAAGAGCAGGGCUCGGAACCAGUUCUUGAGGCUUGGAAGGGACAGCGAGGAAUUCAACGAGGUUGAUGAGGAAGAUGAGGAGAGUAGAAAGAAGAGGGACGCGUGCCAAGAGUGUCAGGCGUAAUCGUGUUGUGGUUCAUGGCUUGGGGUUUCUUGCACUAACCGGUUUACCUUUUAGUUUCCUAAAUCUGAAAUAAUUGAGUAAAAAAGUAAGGUAACUUAAAAUAAGUUUAGGGUCCAU